AUGCGAACUACUCUGAACGUGGUCCUCGGCGCAGCCCAGCUCGUUGCCAACUGCUUCAUGGCCUGGAAGGCCAUUUGCCUUUGCACCGGGACGCCAUACCCAGUGAUGGUGGUCACCACUGAGUCGAUGCUGCCCGCAUUUGCCCCGGGGGGCGUCUUGUUUGUCUCCAACCAUCAUAAGGAUGCUGCAAUAGGCGAUUUGCCUGUUUGUUGGUUACCUGGGAGCGCGUUCCCAAUGGUUCAUAGGGUGCACCGGGUGACAUAUGGGCAUGACCACCAAAACAACCCCCAGCAGCUGAUAUUGACCAAGGGGGAUAAUAACCACGUCGACGAUACGGUCAUGUAUUCGGGCAGCCAGGGCUUCUUGGACCGCCGCCAGGUCCUCGGUUUUGUCAGAGGGUAUGUACCCUUCAUUGGAUGGGUUGUCAUUGCCCUGCAGGAAUUCGCUCGUCUUCCAGAGCUUGCCUACCAUGUUAUUUCGGGGUAUUGGCCCAUCCUGACUCGUUUGUGUAUCUAA